UAAGAAAUCGACUGGAAAAGGCAAGAAAAGAGAAGUCAUCAGGCAACAGAACUAUGUACUUGGACAACAAAGAUGGUGGUGCCAUCUCUAGAAAAGUAGAUAUGGAGUUGACCCAGGCCCCUGGCCCCCACCAUGUGGACUUACUUGGAGAUGUAGCAGCAGAACCAAUUUCCAGCAAUUUCAGUGAGCUAAAGCUGCUGAAGGAGAUGAUGGCUGUCCAAGGAGAAUCACAAAAACCCUAUAGAAAUGGUGGACCAGAACCAGACUGUUGUAUUACAUUGGGGAAAGAUUUCAGCCCUCUCGCCAUGCAAGGGAGGUAUCAUUUCACUUUGCCCAAAUUCUUCAGUGCAAGAUCAAAAGAUAGCUGCUUGACAGAGAGGACACCUCUGUUGAAAGUUUCCACUGAGGAAAAUGGGUUAAGGUGCAUGACUGUUCAUAAUGCAGAUUUCACCACGGAUGAUGACUCUUGGGAAAACAGCUCUGCUGAAUUUGAGCAAAGGUCUCAGCUGGGAAGUGAAAUGACCAGCUUGUCUAGAUCUGCUUCAUCCUCAGAAAAAUGUGAAAUGUUGGAAAACUUUCAUGUCAAAUUCAAUAUAUCCAAGAUGAGAUGCUGUUUAAGAUUCCUAAAGGUUUCUGGCCUUUUUAUUUUUGUAGUUGUAUGCUCUAUCUUAUUCAGCAUUCACCCUGAAAAUGGUACAGCUUGGCAAAUGCUGGCUGUGUCGCCCAUGAACAGCUACACUAUGAACUUUAGCGAUUUUCGUGAUUCUGCCCUUCUAAAGGUAGAACUGGGUGGUCCUUUUGUAGCAGAUAGGCCACCAGAAGAUUAUAUUGUAGUUCAAAUUGGACAAGUAGAAAAUUCUGGGCCUACAAGAAGACGUCGUCAGCGGAUCUUUUACAACUGGACCCUACCUUUAAACUUAAGACAAAAUGAGCAAGUUAUUGUGUCUAGAACCUUUGAGAUGUUGAACAGUGAAGAAACUUCCAUAAGUAUCCAAGCUUUCCUUCAGGAAUCAGAAAUUGUUCCCCUUUCUAUGACACAUCAAUAUCUUCAUGCAAAUGUAGAGACUCAAGUCACAAUUGCAUCUGUCAUUUUAGCAGGAGUUUAUGUGCUGAUCAUAUUUGAGAUUGUUCACAGGACUUUAGCAGCGAUGCUGGGCUCCCUGGCUGCCUUAGCUGCCUUAGCUGUGGUUGGUGCUAAGCCGAGCCUGGUCAAAGUAGUGGCGUGGAUAGAUUACGAAACUCUGGCACUAUUGUUUGGAAUGAUGCUUUUAGUUGCCAUCUUCUCCGAAACUGGAUUUUUUGAUUACUGUGCGGUGAAGGCUUACAGACUCUCUCGAGGCAGAGUGUGGGCCAUGAUUAUCAUUCUUUGUCUUAUUGCUGCAAUUCUCUCAGCCUUUUUGGACAAUGUUACUACUAUGCUCCUCUUUACUCCAGUAACCAUAAGGUUAUGUGAGGUGCUUAAUCUUGAUCCCAGGCAUGUCCUGAUUGCCGAAGUAAUUUUCACAAACAUUGGAGGGGCUUCUACAGCAAUUGGUGAUCCACCAAAUGUGAUUAUUGUUUCAAAGCAGGAGCUCAAGAAGGUGGGAGUGGAUUUUGCUGCAUUUACAGGACACAUGUUUGUUGGAAUUUGUCUUGUGCUUCUGGUCUCCGUUCCUUUCCUAAGGCUUCUCUAUUGGAACAAAAAACUUUACAAUAAAGAACCGAGUGAAAUUGUUGAACUGAAACAUGAAAUCCGUGUUUGGAGACUGACAGCACAGCGAAUUAACCCAGCCAGCAGAGAAGAAACAGCUGUGAAGUGUCUCUUAAUGCAAAAAGUUCUUACUCUGGAGUUCUUGCUGAGGAAAAAGCUCAAGACAUUCCAUAGGCAAAUCUCACAAGAAGAUAAGAACUGGGAAACAAAUAUCCUGGAGCUUCAAAAAAAGCACAGAAUAACAGACAAGAUACUUCUCAUCAAAUGUUUGACUGUUUUAGGAUUUGUUAUCCUCAUGUUCUUUCUCAACUCCUUUGUUCCAGGAAUUCACCUAGAUCUUGGGUGGAUUGCUAUGUUGGGAGCUAUAUGGCUUCUUGUGUUAGCUAACAUUCAUGAUUUUGAGAUGAUUCUGAACAGAGUGGAAUGGGCAACACUCCUUUUCUUUGCAGCAUUGUUUGUUUUAAUGGAGGCUUUGGCUCAUCUUCAUUUAAUAGAAUACAUAGGAGAACAGACAGCUUUGUUAAUAAAGGUGGUGCCUGAGGACAAGCGCUUGACAGUUGCUAUCAUUUUAGUUCUCUGGGUCUCUGCUCUGGCAUCAUCCCUAAUUGACAAUAUUCCAUUCACUGCUACAAUGAUCCCUGUACUUCUCAACCUGAGUCAAGAUCCUGAGGUUAACUUACCUGUGAAGCCCCUGAUCUUUUCUUUGGCCAUGGGUGCCUGUCUUGGAGGCAAUGGGACAUUGAUCGGGGCAUCUGCAAAUGUUGUUUGUGCAGGUAUUGCAGAGCAACAUGGCUACGGCUUCACUUUCAUGGAAUUUUUCAGAUUGGGUUUCCCUAUGAUGAUCAUGAGCUGUAUUAUUGGAAUGUGCUACCUCCUCGUUACUCAUGUCGUUUUGGGUUGGACCUAAGAUGUGUGUAUUAAUUACAGAUAUAGAUAUAUACUGAAGACCAAAAGAUACUUUCCAUUUUUUCCAGCCUCUGUU